AUGUCAAACUUCGGACUGGAAUUUCAGCAUCUCAGAGGUCUCGUAAGCAGCUUUUGAAAACUGGAAUAUAGGUUUUGAAAGUCCCUUUUUCGAACUGUGUCGUUCGUUUGUGCUGGAGAUAACACCCACUUAAAAGGUUCCCUUGUAAGAGGAGAAACGCGUUUUGCGGAAAAGAGCGACUAGUGCGACAACACUCUGCUGUUUUCCGGCACGCAACCCGUUACUGAAAUUGGCCGGUGUAGAUUUACGCCGGCACGCUUAACCUUAUUGGCUGCCCAUCUCUGGUUUGAUAGAAAGAUCGGUUGUUGAGGGAUGAAAGAGUUUGCAUGCGUAUUCGAGAGGCUAGGGUUCCAAACAACAUAUCCAAACGGCUUGGGACAGGGGUGGUGGUCCCGUCUCCUUGUACCAAUGAAAGUGUUGCAAUCAUGGUACCAAGUGCAGCGUCUCCCCCGCCGUCUCGUGGUUCCCUUCGUCCGCGUCCCCAACUGUUUGGAUACCUGAGAGCGGCAGUAUUGCUACCUGUUGUAGUUUGUUUCUCGAAUUUGAGCCAGAGAUUGUCGGCUAUCCAAAUGCCGAGGUCCUUCAACAGAAUCGUUCGAUUCGAUUUCGAUGCCAUUCAGGAAAUGGGGUCUUAGUCUUAGAGUUGUUUGUUUCCAAAGCGAACAACUGCGUGGGGCGACAAAUGAUUUUUUCAGUAUCUGUGCAAAGUGUGCGACGGAUGGGCUGAAGAGCACACGCGAAAAACCGGAACGGACUAUAUUUGGGAAUUGUGUCUGACCGAGUACAGAGUGAACGGAGAAACUGGACGAGUGUCCAAGGUAUGCACUUUUUUUGUUGUUGAUUUUGUCAGUCCUGGUUGAUUUUUUGCGAAUUUUACUCAUCUUUGCAGAUGUUCGGAUACGACUACAAUUACGUUCACACGCGCGAUCACGGCUACAAAAUUCCACUGCCGUACUGGUUUUCGUUCGAGAUUGAACAAGAGUUUCCGGAAUUUUACUGA